AUGGGUCAGAUUGCCUCCACGAUUUUCCAAAGUGCCGAUAAAGAAGAGCAGUAUCGAAAGUAUCGCAACUUGGCCAGUGAACAGGCCAAACUACGUAAUGAUUGUUUCCUGCAAUCGCAAGAUGCCUAUAAAAAUAAACAAGGAAAAAAGGCAAAGGAACUAUCGCUAAAAGGAAAAGAACACGGAAGAACAAUGGAUCAAUAUAACGCCAAAGCCGUUGAGAUCAUCUUCACUGCAAAUAAUGAGAAUCGUCCGAACGAUGAAAUCGACCUUCAUGGAUUGUUUGUCAAGGAGGCGCUCGAAAAAACAAAACAAAAAAUCGAAUACUGCGAAAAACUCAAUAUCGACCAUCUGACCAUAAUUGUGGGACGCGGUAAUCACUCUCAAGAUGGUAUCGCAAAACUAAAGCCCGCUAUUGCGGAAUUAAUGGAGAAAUAUCAAUUGAGUUGCACACAGGACAAGCCGACCAUAGGUUGUUUAUAUGUGGAAUUCGGAAAUGCCCAUCGAAAGGCGGAUUUAGGUUUCUUGUCUUUCUUCGAAAGUAAAUGCGUGAUUUGUUAG